CCGCAUAACAUCAUCUCAUUACUCCGUCGGAAAGGUUUCUACCUACUUGUUACCAUUAAUGGCUCUUUCACUCAGGCAUGGCUGGCCUUGUUCCUUUCAUCUCUCUCUGUCAGCCUCGAACCCUUCCGUUGACGCCACCUCUGUCACAGUCGUCGAGAUUUCUUACGUCCUUCUCGCUGACGACAACAACAACAAAGCACCAGACGGUCUGUGCUUGACAUGCUACGACCCUACUUUCAGACGUCUUGACUUCGAAUGAGUACAUUUUUUCAGCCUCUGGUCCACUCGUGGAUAGCCUUUUACGACAACUAUGAUAGAUCAUGUUCUGGGGCGACCAUCUUCGCAGUUCCGCAAAGUCCAGGUCCUUGCGGUUGUUUCAUUCUGGUCGUUAUACCUGCUAAGGUAUGAUCUGAUCUGCAGAAAGACCGUGACAGAUUUCCCACUGACAUUAUCAUCUCUUCCUAGGGGUGACAGACAUGGCCCUCCAGCGAUUCGCGCCCUCUCCCAGCGCCUGUCGAAACGAUUGACCCCUUGGCGAUCUGUGGUUAUUACUCUCCUCUACCUCUACAUAUGUCGCAACUUUGCGAAACUCUGCAAUCUCGAGUCUCCCGAGCCGCUUGCGAAUUUGUACAAUCGUUCCUACUUUCGGGCAACAUGGAUCACAACGGCGCUGGAUGCCGGCUUCUGGACUGCAAUGAGGAUUCGGAACAAAGGACUGCGAGAUCUGGCCUCGAUGAUAUUCACCGUAUACUAUCUCAUUGCUGCCGAGCAAGCAGAUGAAAAGGUGCGGAAAGUACGAGCCGUCCUUACAGUGGAUCAUCUGAGGGUCUCCUGGGACAAACCAAACACGCCCUACCUUAGGUGGUUGACCGCCGUGAUGCGGCCUCGAUUUACUCGCUACAAACCAAGAAGGAUUCGAAUACCCCGACCCAAGCAAUCCACCUAUAAAGAGCCUGUUGUGGCAUGGAUGUACUUUGACGGCACGCUGGCUGAGCUCGAAAAACAAGAGAAUGUGGUUCUCGACAUUCCCGGCGGAGGGUUUGUGGCCAUGGAUCCAAGGACAAGUGACGAUAGAUUGCUUGCCUGGGCAGGAAGGACAGGACUGCCCAUUCUCAGCCUAGACUACCGCAAGGCUCCUGAAUAUCCCUACCCAUACGCGUUGAACGAAUGCUUCGAUGUAUACACGCAGAUUAUCGCUACAAGGGGACGAUGUAUAGGUAUGAAGCCCGCAACUUGUCCGAGGAUUGUACUUGCCGGUGAUAGCGCGGGAGGCAACUUGGCUACAGGAACGACCUUGAUGGUGAUCCAGUCGAAUCAAAGCGGAAGUGCUCGAGGAAUUCUUCCUUGUCCAGCUGGUUUGGUCUUGCUGUAUCCUGCUUUGGACAUGAACAUCAGCAGCUGGAUGACCGACGAUCAAAUGGCCUUAAUCCGAAAUCCACGAACGGCCAAGAAGUACGAAACUUUUAUCAAAAGAAAAAGUGAAGAUAUCGAUCGACGUUAUACACCAUCGACACCCAAACCUUCGGAUGAUGGUGAAGGUGAUCCAAACUUUGACUUCUUCGCACCAAGAGAAGACACCCUGAAGGCAGACCAUGAGUUGAGCAGGCGAAAUACCGAUGUUGAUGCACAGAAACAGACUGUGGCCGAAUCGAAACCCCAGCAUCUCAAGACGAGAUUGGCUGUCUCGUCCAUCAUCUCAUAUUUCGGCGAUCGCAUCCUCACCCCCGAAAUGAUGCGCGCCAUGAUCAUACUCUACGUUGGGCCGUACAAUCGUCCUGAUUUCACGACUGAUCAUCUCUUGUGCCCGGCCGUGGCUCCUGAAAGCCUCCUUGCGAAAUUUCCAAAGACAUACUUCUGUACCGGAGAGCGUGAUCCUCUCGUGGAUGACACGGUCAUUUUCGCCGGUAGGAUUCGACAGGCGAAGCUACACCUUUUUCGUGAGCGGCAAGAAGUCGGUCUCGAGAAAUCUACUGCAGAGUUCAACGAGAAAGAUCAUGUUGAAGUGGCUCUCAUUCCAGGCAUUUCACACGGAUUUGUCCAGUUUGUCUCUGUCUUUCCAGAGGGCUGGAGACACAUCUUCCGCUGCGGACAGUGGAUCCAAGACAUUUUUUCCAAGCCACCACAUGCUUUCGAAGGUCCGGCCAUAGAGUCGAGGCUGAGAAAUGGGACGCUUACGCAUGAUUCCCACAGCAGCCUUGAACUGGCCUCGACGCAGCCGAGGCAUCAUUAUCGAACUCCAACGGGUGAGAGCAUGGAUGACGACGCUCCGCUGGUCAUGUCGUCCAUCAAAUCCGAAGACGCCAGACGGUCGUCUCCUCAAAAAGUCAACGGCGCAGCCAAAGACUCUGCAGGAGAACGUGGGCGUGAUACAACAGAGAAAUCUAGACCCGAGGUUAGCCGGAACAAGAGUUUGGUGUCUUUGGGCAGCGAAGAAGAUCUCCUCAAGAGAAGGAUGAAAGGCUUGACUGUUGGACUCUUGGGGGACAGUGACUGAUUAAUGACGAAUAGAACAUUGGUGAUGACUGUGGAGUCUCGCUUGAGAAUAUAAUAUAUUGUUACAUACAACCACGUCUGCCGGGUACAAUGCAAGUGAAUCCAACUGUGCUCCUACCAUGCAGCCUCUGCUCCUGUAUGAUCACAAGCGAUGAGCAAAUCAAAUUCGGCUGUAAGGUCUGGAUUGGGCACGGUAAAUCAUGAAAAUGAUGACGGCAUUUCUGAGUGUGUAUUUACAUGUUCGAACCCUUUUGGGAGGUGUUCCCAUCGACGCAAUGUCCUCGAGGGGGGGAGGGAGAGGUAUUGUACAUCAGAUUCAGUGGCCCCCAAGACGUUGCGUAAUAC